AUGUUGAAAAAGUUUAUCGAAGAGUUAGCAUCACCAAAUUCUUCAUUGACCACCACUGCUCCACAAUCUGAAAUCUCAGACCCAGAUAAUUUAACUGAUUUAUAUAAUGUGAUCAUUACGGUUGAUGAACAAAAUAGCAUUACAAAUCAAGAAAUUAUUAGGCGAAAUUAUUCAUUUAGAGAAGAACUUGAAAAUAUGUUUGACAGAUUCAAAAGCGUUUAUAGAGAAUGUAAGGCUCAGAGAAUGCUCAUCAAAGAAGUUACAAAGCAAUUCCCAAGCGAUCUAUCAAAAAAUACUAUUGAGAAAAGGAUAGAAAGAGCAAAAGAUUUAUGA